CCACAACCAGAAAUUGAGGAGAGAGUACAAAAUCCAUCACUCGGCCAUCAGACACCAUGCCAAACUAAAAAGGUAGAUGCCUGGAAGUGCGUUUUCCUUAAAGAAAGUGUGUCUCAUAUCGAACGCCGACUAUGUCGCAUCUUGCUUUCACGACGCGCCUGCUGUACAUGCGAAAGCGCACAAAGCGCAUAUGACGAAGCUCCUGCCUGCUUUGGCGUGGUCUCCUCAAUAUGUGCGAGCUUGGAGCAAGUUUGUCGAGGAGGAUCCUGCUUAUAGAGACGCUUGGGUGAGUCCUCACAAGCUACAGGCGCCCGAAAAGCUUCACCUAUCGCUCAUUGACUGGCAUCUGCACAAGGAGCCGACGCUUCCAAAGCUAUCCAUACACGACACGCAGUAUGUCUUUAGCCUUACGCAACUGCUGGAGGUGCACUUGAAGCUAUGUGGUCUCGAGCGCGACUCAAGGGCGAGGCUCGUCAAUGAGUUCUACUCGGCUGCUCCGACUUUUGAUGAGUCGUCUCUCACUGUCAAACAUCUGAUCUCGCUGCUAAAAGCGAGUGAGCGCCGUGUCAUUGGCGUAAUCCACCCAGAGCACGAUAUGCGGCUUUGGAACGAGUUCACGCUCGUAGAUUUAUGGUCAGCAUGGCGACUCGAGCACACCUCGGAGUCAUUUUCAGACGCAUCGGAGUGGGCCUUCAGAUUCUUCGAGGGACUAUCUUACUUAAAAAGACCUUACUACGAACUUCGGCAUCGAGCAGUUGGCUGGUCGGCGACAGGCAUGCCACCAAACUCGGUGCCAAUGUGUGACGAUUCAGUCAAUUAUACGUUGCAGUACGUGACUGCCUGGCACAAGUACGUGUUGCUUUGUCCCGCUUUCGCUCAACUGCCAAUUUCGACUGAUCAAUUGCCUUUUGAGCAGUUGUUCUUCAGCACUGUGCAUCUGCGGAGGAAGGAUUCUUCGGGUCAGAUUGAGUGUUCGCGACCUGUCGCGCACUGCAGCUUCCACAUCUCACGGGUCUUCCACGAAUACAUCUUUCCUAGAUCAAGGCAAUACCAUGUGGAUGUAUUUGAUCGUGCAGAGCGCAUCAAUGCAUUGUGGCAAGCUCGACCUGAGAUUGAUGAGUCCUGUCUGACGGUGAGAGACCUUAUAUCUGCAUGCAGCGGACUUUUAUCGCAGCGAAUCCUUGCGAUCAUGCAUCCAACGCAGUUGCUGUGCUUUCCGUCAGCUUUGAAGCUUCGAGAUUUGUGGAAUGCAUGUCACGCUGGGUCGGGAAGUGAUGCAAGUUCCGAACCAACACCGAUGUGUACGCCCCGACUACGCUUUGUUCUAGGCUCAGAAAUGGACUUGAUAAAUUUUGAAAAGGUUACGAUUGAAUCUGUGGAUUCUAUGACGAUGGGAAGCGGUCAGCUGAAUCACCUCGCCACUCCAUCUUAUCCGGCCUUGUCCACCACUUCGAAGAGAUUGCUUGCUAUGAAGGAGCCGCCUGUGCAGAUGCGACGGCGCAUUGUGCAUUGACGAAUAAGGGUUCAAGGUUGUUCAAGCAGAGCUCCGUACUUCCAUAGUCCAAGCAAUCAAAUCUAUGAGAUCAACUCUUAAUCCUUGCGACACAUCA